AACAAUUUGAUUCCUGAUGUUUUUGUGACUUGUAUGAGUUUACUUACAAGAUUUUUUUUAGUUUUCGAUAGUUUUGGUUUUGUACAAAAUGAUAUUUUAUCUUGUGUUGUGUCAUAUUUUGUUAAUUCCAAUAGUUGACAGCAGCAAUACAACAGUUGCUAAACUGGAGCCAACUAAUAAAACUGUAACUGAAUCUGAAUCUCAAAAGGUGAAUCAAUCCAAUGCAACGAAAGAAACUUUGCUAACUGAAGGCGGAGCUGUGUUACCCGGGGUCGGGGCAUCUAUUCUGGCUUUACCUAAAGAAAAACUUACCAGCUUAGAUAGCGAGUUGGGCAAAACUAAAGUUAAACCAGUUGUUGCAAGGAAGGGGGUUGUUUACAUAGAAGAUGAUGGUGAGAAACAGAAUAAAACAUCAACUAGCAAUGAAAUCCCUGUUGUAGCUCCAAAAAUAUUAGAAAAGACUGUUGAUGUCAAGAAUGAAACAGUAGCAACAAAUCAUUCAAUGGAAUCUAAGGUUAAUACUUCUCAGUAUGAUAAUAUUGUGAAAGGUGUGAAUAAAACUGAGAUUCCUAAGAAACCAUUACUGUUAUCUUAUGACACUCUAGCGAACAUGACUGUUAAGUCAUCUCCAGGUACAUUGAUAACUAAUCAAAUCCAAUCUCCCAAUAAAGAUAUAAAAAUCUACACUAAGAGUGCUAAUAGUCAUCCUGGGAUGAUAAUGCCUAUUGUAAUUACCAUUUUGCUAGUUCCAAUGUUUGCAGUACUUGGUUACAUGGCUUUGCGAAGGGGCCAAGAGGCUUGGAAAAACAGGCAUUAUAAAAGGAUGGACUUUUUACUUGAUGGCAUGUAUAAUGAUUAAUAUUUGUGCUGAAAUCAAUGAAAAACUAAUUUCCUACUAAUUUUCCUACUUAAUGAUAUUGCAAAGAGAUAUUUAUUGUAAGAGAGAUAUUAUAUCUGAUAUUGUGUGAUAAACAAGUGAAAGGCCAGUGGUUUUUUACUAUUUUUAAAAUGAACAACUUUUCUUGAAGUUGUUUUUAUAAAUGUUAAAUGUUCUAUGAAAUUGGCAGCAAUUCUAAUUGUUAAAUAUUGUUCUGUUAACUAAAUCAUAUUGUUAUAGAUGUAUUGCAUAGCAUAGCUUAUUUACAUUUGGCUGAUAUGGUGGCCGAGAAAGAGUAUAUUAUAUACAAUUGAAGACUCAAUGUGGAGAUGACAAUAAUUAAAAAGGUGGUGCUCGAAAUGUGCCUUACAUUAUAUUAAUAUUAGAAAUCAAACAUGAACAAUUCUUUGUAGUAGCAAGAAAAUUUUCUUAUGUGAAAAAGUCUUCCUUUUAAUGUAAGUUAUUUAUUAGAUUGUUAUUGUGAUAAUUUAUAAUUAUUUAAUAAAUACAUACCUUUGUUGAUUUCAAAUGGUUUGUGCUAACAAGUUUUCAUUGUAGUUACCAAAUAAUGUAUUAUUAAGAUUAUGCAGUCUCAAAUGAUUUCAGAUUAUGCAUAAAUAGUAAUAUUUUUUAUAUUGAAUAUUUUAAUUUCAAUUAUGGAUUCAAUUUAUAUGUUUUGCAUUUGCUAUUAAUUGAUUACUUUUUCGUUCUUUUCUAAUAAAGUUUAAAUUAUAUGUCCCAGCACAUUAGUAAUAUUUUUAG